AAAAAAAGUGUUUUUUAUUAUUUUAUUUUAUUUUUUUAAACAUGAAUGCACCUCAGUAUUAUAUUAUCUGUAUUAACAACAAUCAUCCAUUGGUAUCUGAUAAAUCAUUAAAGCACUGGUUUCCGUACAUUUGAGCUGUCUGUGCAUAUAUGUGGUUCAAUGAUACAUUUCUUUGUGCGUGUGUGGUUAAAUGAUACUGGCUAUCUGACACUGACUGAACGGCCCACUGUUUUAAUCUCUGUGUGCUGUUCAGUCCUGUCAUUCACUGCAUUGCUCUCCUUGUGCUGUCAGUAUUUUUCAAGCCUCUACAUAAUGAAUAAUUCAACAUGUAGUUCAAAACAGAUAUUGGUUAAGGCAAAUUGACAGGCUGCUCAGAUGUUUUUCAGUAUCUCAAAGUAACUUAUAGUGACUUAAUUUGAUUUGCACCCCUGAAACUGGUUUGGGUGCAUUUUUUAUCCUUGGCAGCUAACCCUGGAUCAGAAUAAAUUUAGAGUUAAUUGGACAGAGGAUAGGAUUGAUAUGGAAUGGCUGAUCUUAGGUCUGCUGUCAAGGACAGAGUUGCAAGAGUUGAUUUCGCUGCAGUGCCACCUGGUGCUGAGUUGCAAGACAUGAAACCAUUUGUCCAAAUAUGGUACCUAAGUAUGGCGAGUACACUUGCCUAGUCUUUUGUUUACUUAUUAAAGAAAUGGGACUUUUGUGAAAUAGACUUUAUGAUUGGAUUGAAGCUGAAUGCAGAGGUGUUCAAUGUAUAAAUUUGUAUGUUACCCACAGUCCCCCGGGAGGUACUGCCAAUACAGUAACGCUCCUCCAGAUGCUCCAUUGCAUUAAUAAUAUAUAAACCCAUUUAAAUUACAUCCUUGGACCAUGAAACCUAAAGCUUUUCGGUGGAGACUGAACCUUAUGAAUAUGAAUUAUCAUCAAGGGCAGUCAAAGAGCAGCAAUUCAAUUCAGCAUCGAUAUGUGAUUGGGAAAGAAAAAUAACAAAAAUGAUAAAACUGUCAGUUGGUCAGGAUCAAAAUCAGCCAUCCGCGCUUACUGUUCAUGAAUAUUCCGGAGUUGAGAGUUAGUUUGUGCUGACCAGAGGAUGCUCUUUAGGUGAGGCAGGCUAAAAGUUUUGAAUGCCAUAUAUAUAUAUAUAUAUAUAUAUAUAUAUAUUCAUAUUUCACUGGUUAAUUAGAGUGAAAUAUAAAUAUAUAUAUAUAUAGAGCACCUGUAGCUGUAAGUGUCACUCAGUGAAAUUUCUCAUUAGCGCCUGGGCCAGUUAGCAAUAAUUCUGUGUUAUGGUUUUCAGCCAUGCGCCCCAUGCAUGCCCGCUGUGCCGCAGCAUAUAAUAUGCUGAUCGUUCUCAGCGAACGCAUUUCCAUUCACAAGUCAGCCCCCACAGUUCCCGGGAACAAGCGAGGGCUUAAUUCGUAGCGAUUAAGAGGCGCCUCUCUCACCCGCUCCCGCAGAAGGCCAUUUUCAGGUGAUACGGCGGCAUUGCUGGGCUUUUUUUUCCCGGCUUUAGGGACCGUGAGGUCACGGGAGCUGCUUUAGAGAUGGGUUAAAUGCCCAGUGGACUUCUGAGACUCCCUGCUUUAGUGGUGCUUGGAGGAGUUUUCAAUUAAAUCCAGUGCUGGACUACUGUGACUGCGUCAGUGCUCUUCCAACCACAGACCCACACACAGACACAGACACGGACACACAUGCACAUACACUCAUACGCACACACACACACAAACACACACAGAUACAAACACACACACACACACAGACACAAACACACACACACACAAACACAUCCACCCACACCAUUCUGUUGUGUUUGUACUGAAAGAGUGCAAAUUCUGUCCCCCCCCCCCAGUAUAUAAUUAUGCGCUGGUCUCUUUACACGGGUAAUGGAUCGCCCUUCACUGUGGAAGUCCCCCUGCGCUUUGCUCAGGGACGGUGUGGGUUGUGGGGGCUGCAGUCUUUACCGAGGUGCAGGCCCGGGCUGAAGAGCAGGUUCAUUCCUGAGCAGGGGAGUCUCCAGGCAAUGGGGCCAUAAAAAAGCACAGCUUUGUGAAGCACUUUAUCUUCUCCCAUUCCCCGGAGAUUUCCCAGCACACUUUGUGACAGAACACACAGACUUUACUGUUUUAAAAAGUUCAUUCUGUUUGGGGGGGGGGGGGGGGGGGGGGGUUGGGUGGUGAGGGCAGGAUACGAAUGACUCUACCUUUGAGUGAGGGUUGGAUCUUCAGCCAUUUCAGUGGCCCUCUUCUUCAUUUUAUAAAAGUGACGGUGAUAAUAAAUCUGUUUUAUUGGCAUAAGGCAUGAGGGGACACAGUGAAUCAGUGAUCGCGGUGUUUCUGGUGACCGUGUUAUACUAAUGCUUUCACAUCCUGGACUGUGUAAUUAGGGUAAAUGGCUGUGGGAAGGGCAGGCUUCCAUGUUUGUCCGCAUGUCACUAGCAGGUGUUCAAAUGUGCUUUGACCAUCUCCAGGCUUGCACUUUUUCUUAGAACAUUCCCAGAAAUCAGUCUGUCUCCAGUAUACCUGCUGGUUUGAUCUCAGCCAGUGGGCUAGUACAUACUGAGCUACAUUUGAGAAAAUGGAGAAAAAAGAAAUAACUGAAGGUUUGGCAAACAAGUCGGGGAUUGGCAGUUUGGCUGUAUUUUGGUCGCUGAGGAGACGUGCCUUUUUUUCCCCCCUCCUCCUCCUCUGGCGUGAAGUUUAUGACUUUCUCACUGCCCACUUGUUCGUAAACAAAUGGGUUGCCAGGCGACGGUCGCAAACACAGCGUCGUCGCCGCCCGUCAGCGGACUGGCCCUUUCAUCCGUCCGCAUUGUUCUCCUGGGCCCGCCCCUCCGCGUCCACCGAGCUCAGCGGAAUCUCAAGCCUUCUCCUUCUCUUUCAGGCUGAGGGGAGUUAGGCCCGGGAGGGGGGGGGGUGGGGGGGGAUUUGUCUCUGUUCGAAUCCAUUCACUUAAAUCGUGACACUUAUUUACAAGCGGCUCGCCAUUCUAUAGCGAGCGGCUACCAGGCGGGUUUGAUUCAGAAAAGCACGGCUGGUGUGCCUCGGCUGUGCCUGACAGACGGUCCUGUCCUGCGCGCCACUUCAGUAGAGUCCAAUGAAAUAUUUAGCGAUCGCUCUGUGAGAGCUCUGAGGAGGUGAGAGUUGUGCUUCUGGGAAAUGACCCCCCCCGUUUUUUUAAUUCAGCCCAGCCUGUCCCUCUCUGCCCCCCGGCUGAGAGGACUCCCAGGUGCCGGGGAGCUGGUGAACCCUGCGGUCUCCGAGAAGCGGCGUCCUCCGGUACAGCUGUAAUUACAGUGCAGCUGACCGCCCGCUGUGCCCAGCGGGUACAGUGUAAUUGGAGUGUCUACCUGGCCGCCUUGAGGCCCCCGCCAUGCGGAGUGCGGGUGGGGGGGGGGGGGGGGGUCAGGGGGGAAGUUAUGGCUGCAUAUGGUUUUGCUUGGAGCAAGUGGCCUUUUUUACAGAGUUUACCAAGCACAUCAAAACAAUCUCCGAUUCCUGUUGCCUCUUUCCCAGAAGUUGUAAACCGGAGUGUUUCAAGUUUUUUUCCCUUUUCUCUGACCGAGAGGAAUGUAAAAGUUAUGACAUGUACAAACACCCUCUGCUUUGGGUGAGUGACUUACAGCCUGGUGUGUGUCCUGUGUGUAUGUGAGCAUGGAGUGUGUAUCCUGUGUGUACCUGAGUACAGUGUGUGUAUCCUGUGUGUGUCCUGUGUGUAUGUGAGCAUGGAGUGUGUAUCCUGUGUGUACGUGAGUACAGUGUGUGUAUCCUGUGUGUGUCCUGUGUGUAUGUGAGCAUGGAGUGUGUAUCCUGUGUGUGUCCUGUGUGUAUGUGAGUACAGUGUGUGUAUCCUGUGUGUACGUGAGUACAGUGUGUGUAUCCGGUGUGUGUCCUGUGUGUAUGUGAGCACAGUGUGUGUCCUGUGUGUAUGUGUGCACAGUGUGUGUAUCCGGUGUGUGUCCUGUGUGUAUGCGUGUACUGCAUGCGUAUCCCGUAUGUGUUCUGUAUGUAUGUGAGCACUGCAUGUGUAUCGUGUGUGUGUCCUGUGUGUACGUAAGCACUGCGUGUGUAUGUGUGCCCUCAUGUGAUUGGUCUCUCCUGUGGAAAUGGUUGUAGUCUAUAGAUGGGGCAGUCCCCUGCUCCUGCACAGUCCCCUCCCCCUCUCCCUCCCCCGCACACAGACCCUGAUGUAAAUGAGGCUGGGUGGGGGCGGGGUCACGAUGGGGUAGGAGGGGGGGGGGAGGUGGGGGUACUGGGUCCCUCUGCUCCCCCUCUCCUCUCCGUCUCCUUGGCCACACUGACAGCACUCUCGCCAUGAGCACCUCUGCUGAGGACGGUCCCGAACUGAGCCCCCCGGGCCCGCGGGCCGAGCCUGCCCCCGACGCCGCGUCCGAGCCGGACCGGACCGCCGCUCCUCACGAGGAGGAGGAGGAAGAGGAGGGAGAGGAGGAAGAGGAGAGCGCCGCUCCGGACCCGGACCCGGUUCUGGCAGAAGUAGCGGACCCGGAGUGGGUGGAGGAGCGGUUCCGGAUCGACAGGAGGAAGCUGGAGUGCAUGCUGCACGCCCCCAAAGACGAAGACGGCCUGACAGGAGAGGAGUUCUUUGACAGGGUGAUGAUGGAAACUAACACCCAGAUUAAGUGGCCCUCCAAGCUGAAAAUUGGUGCCAAGUCAAAGAAAGAUCCUCACGUGAAGGUGGAAGGAAAAAGAAUCAACGUACGCGAGGCCAAGAGGAAGAUCUUAGACCUCCUCGAGACAAAGGUGAACAAAGUGACGCUGAAGAUGGACGUGGCGCACACGGAGCACUCCCAUGUCAUAGGGAAAGGUGGCGGGAACAUUAAGAAGGUGAUGGAGGUGACAGAGUGUCACAUUCACUUCCCGGACUCCAACCGCCAUAGUGUGACCGGGGAGAAGAGCAACCAGGUGUCAAUCGCCGGGCCUGUCCUCGGCGUGGAGUCUGCCAGGACAAGAAUACGAGAGCUUCAGCCGCUGGUCCUGACCUUUGACCUGCCGGGGGCGCUGGUCCCCCAGGCCCCCCUGGACGCCGGCUCGCCGGUCGUCCAGCACGUGGCGCACACGUUCGGCGUUAGCGUUAGCUUCCGACAGCAGCCCAAGUUCUACACCAGCACCUGCCAAGUGCGGGGGCUGCAGGGGAACUGCGCCUCGGUCAAAAAGGCCACCAGUGUGCUCGCAGAGCUUCUCCUUGGCGUGGAGAACAGCGUGACGGUCAGCACCCAGUUGGACGUCACCUCCCAGCAGCACCUGUUCUUGCUGGGCCAGAACGGGGCCAACUUCCUGAACGUGAUGCACCUGACCCAAACUCAGAUCCUCCUACCUGACCUGAACACGCCCCAAGGCUCCGCCUCUCUGAGCAUCCAGGGGAGUGCCGAUGGCGUGUGCCUUGCCCGACAGCAGCUACUGGACUGCUUGCCCGUGUGCCUGAUGUUCGACAUGAGGGAGGACGGGGAGUCGGACCCACGCAAGCUGAGCCAGAUGAUGCAGAACCUGGGCGUCUUCAUCAGCGUCAAGCCAAAGGUUAAACAGACUGCUAAGUCGGUGGUGGUGAAGAGCCUGGAGAGGAACGUGGCGAACCUGUACGAGGCCCGACGCCUGCUCCUCGGGCUGGGCCCGUGCGAGAACGCCGCGCCGGCGAAGACCGCGUGCGACGCUCCUCCCGCCGGGAACGGCCUCGCGAACUACUGGCUCAACCUGCUGAUGCAGCAGCUCCGCCUCUCCGACCCAGGCGCUGCCACCGUGCACGAAGCAGUGGUGGCUUCCCUGCUGCAUGCGAAGCCCCGCCCGGCUCCACCCCCCGGUUUGUCUGGGCAUCAAGAGGAGGGCAAGACCACGCUGAGGGGCAGUGACACCAGGCUGGAGCAGAUCCCGGAGAACGACGACUCGCCCACCUCCUCCGAGACUCAAACGCCCCCGGCCCAGAGCGCAGGGGUCAAAGCAGGCGCUGGCAGCUCGAGCAGGAGGAACAGCCAAUCGGAGGCCGGCAGGGACCAGAACCAGGAAGGCAGCGCGGCCUCCUCGCGGCACUCGGCUUCCAUUCAUAACGGCGGCCAUCUAACGUUCAAGAGAGAGGUGGGCAGAGUCAACAUACAGAGGAGGAACAGCCUCAUGCCAGAGAUCAUCCAGACCCUGGAUCCCAGCUUGGACCCCACACAGAGUGAGGAUUAUGACUAUGAGAGGAAGAAACUUCUGGCAACUAGAGCGAUGCAGAAGAGACCAGUGGUGACGGAGGUACGGACUCCCACAGAUACCUGGAGCGGUCUGGGUUUCUCCAAGUCUAUGCCCAGUGAGGCCAUCAAGGAGCUUCGCUGCGUCAGCCGCCGAUGCUACAAGUCUUACCUGGGCGGCGCCACCCAACAGACAUGGAUCUCUCAGAGCGGCAAGGACCGGGCCUGUAACGGGAGCGACUCUGAGAACUGGCGAGAGAGACGAGGGUCUUCCUCUUCGGUGUCCCCGGCGUCUUCCUCAUCCUCUCCGUCGUCACCCUCCCCCUCGCCCUCGUUGUUGUUGUCGUCCUCCUCCUCCUCGUCCUGCUCUUCCUCCUCUGCCUUCCAGGGCUUCGGGUCCGCUGGAACCCAAGGCCGUACGGACAGACCCUCGGAGACCUAUCUCAGCAGCAGUAGCUACUUUGAGGGCGUGUCCGCAGCCGGCAGGGCGGGGAGCUGCAGCCCCUCAAGCUCCGCCCCCCCUCCGCACACCGCUGACCUGCCCGAGCUCUUCAGCCAGCUGGGCCUGGGGAAGUACAUCGACAUCUUCCAGCAACAGGAGAUCGACUUCCAGACAUUCCUCACCCUCUCCGACGAAGACCUGAAAGAGGUGGGCGUGUCCACCUUCGGCGCCCGACGGAAGAUGCUCCUGGCCAUUUCAGACUUGAGCAAGACCAGGCGCAAGCUGCUGGACCCGCCCGCUGUGAAGCCGGGCUACCUGGAGGGCGGGGCUAGCGGGCGCCUGCCGCGGAUCAUGGCCGUGGACGCCGAGCCGAACGGCUGCUGGUGAGGGCCGUCCGCGAUUCGCCGUCGGCUGACGUCAAUCAAGACCAGGCUCCCGCCCAUCAACAGCCCAACCAGAAGGUCGGAGCGGCUUCUUCUACCCAUGAACCUCAGCUAUCGCCGCGCCCUCUGCUCCCCAGUUCCGCCUGCUUCUGUUACCCACAGUGCACCUGGAAACCGCUUUAUUUCAAGCUGCAGGCGGUGGGGUCUCUGUCCCUCCAGGGCUGCCCGUGUCUGAAUUCACAGCCUGAGGCUCGGUGUGUCAUGUUACUUAGGCAACGCCUGCAUUUACUUUGCACAGGAAGCUGGAGGUGGAGCUGGAGGUGGAGGUGUUUAUUCUCUCCAAUCCCUCUGAGGAUUCAGCCUGGAAACUCUGUUUUCCCCUCUGGCCUGUGUACCUACAGACCAGAGCUUACAGCACACACACACACACACACACACACACAUGAACACAGACCCAUGCACACACACACACAUGCACACACACACACACACACACACAUGAACACAGACCCAUGCACACACACACACAUGCACAAGCACACAAUCACACAAACAUAGAAUCACAUGAAACUCAAAUACAAACACAUGCACAACCAAAUGCAAACGCUCAAACAUGCGAACACACACAAGAAUGGGAGUGCACCAGCUGGAAAUGUAACCAUGCUGCAAAUGACUAGUGCAAUUCUUACAAAACAAUGAUAACUCAAUGGCUGCAAUGACCACUACCGCGCCAAGAGGACGAGCACGGCUAUAUGAAACUGCACGUUUUGAAAGCCCGUGUAAUACCUGGAACUGUUCCUUCAGUCUAGUACUUCGGUAUUCUGUGUUAUAGAGAGAAUUUAGCAGACACAAGAUGUAUUUGAACAGUUUGUGAUCACCCGGAUAUUGACAGGAAAGGCCCUGACCCAGCAGCAACGAUGGAACACACCCGCAAACAACCGUGUGUGUGUGUGUGUGUGUGUGUGUGUGUGUGUGUGUCACAUACCAACCUGCAGAAGAUCACAACCGGCAGUGUGGAGGGAGCAGUUGACUCAUUUACACAGCCGAGCGAAACCCUCUUUCCAGGGCACAGCCAGAGAAUGGAGACUGGAGAGCAACUCAUUUUCCGAAUAAUUCCCACAAUUCUCAGCGCAUUCGGCGCACAAUGUAAGGGGGAGGGGCUGUCGUCUCCGUAACUGCACGGUCUGGUCUUGAGCUGGCCUAAUUUCAGCAAACUGGUGGCUUUUUCAAGUCACAUCCUCAAAUUCAGAAUCCGUGUCGUUCAUAUUCACGCCGGACCAUUCCAGGCUGUUGUGCCAGUCGUGAAAGCAGGGUAUAAUUACGGGGUAUACUAACCGGCGUAUUUGUAGUGAGGGUUCAGGCAGCGUCCGGUGCUCGCGUGCAUCUGUGAUGUCAGAGCCAGGUUGUCAUGGCGCACGGGGCGACCGAAUGGUGUUUUAUAUCUUUGAGCGCGCACCUGCUCUUUUGUUAUCGCGAGCCAUUGUGCUGGCAGAUCCGGCUGAGCGAUGGCACGGAGGGCAACGGCUCACGUCAUUUUAAAGGACAGACCGGCUCCAGAAUUCAGCCACCUGCGUGUGUCCUCACUCAGGCACACACUCUCUACACCUAUGUGAGUCUGUCGGAUAAAAAUCAAAUCUUUAUGUUUUUUUUUGUGAUUUAUUUAAAUAAACACUUGUAUUUCUGAAA